UUCAUCUGACGAUUCAGAGGAACCUUUAUCAUCAACACCCAAUAGGGAUGAAGAUGAUAAGAUAAUUCGGAAGCCUGAUUCCCAUUCUGAAUGGGAUAAUCCAUUAAAUUUAUCCGGUAAAGAAAUAAAUAUAGAUUUGACAUUUGAUGAUGAUAUUCCGUUGGAGGAUACAGGGCUUGAAAAUGAUUCUUGGUUUGCAGAUGAUAUUAUUGCUACGACCCGGAACGAGCAAAAACGUCGAGAGGAAAUUAUAAAAGAAGCUGAAUCAGAUCUUCUGAUUAACCUUGAUUCUAAUCAGGAUCAAGAAUCAAAAUCAAAUGCCAAUAAUUAUUCGAAUUUUUUUGGUACUAUUAGUAAGGAUAUCGCAGAAUUGAAUAACUCUUUAUAUGAUUCUGCUACAUAUUCCACAAUAUCGCCGACGAACUGUGACUUAAUGGAUGAUUCCGUGGAUCUUUAUUAUUUUAAUAAAAAUGAAAAUAAUAAUACCUUAAUGUCAGUAAUCAAUGACAAUCGUUCACUCUCACCUCAAGCGAACUUUA